AAAACAUUCCAACCUGUAAUAAACGCGCUCGAAUUCCCCCGUCCUCCGUCCCCAACGCCUCCGCCUCCGCCUCCUCUCUAUUUCCGACUAUCUCGCGAUGGUCGGCGACGAUGACGCCCCCCGGCCCGGCUCAGGCGCGACUCCCGCCCCGCCGGCUCGUGUCUCGCUCGCACCUUUUGCCCCUUUCGUCUCCCCGACUCCACGCCGCCUCUCCAGCUGCUUCAACGAGCCGAGCCAGGCUGCGACCCCGGCGAGGAAGAAGCUCGCGUGGGUCUCCCUCCAGGGCCGCCUGGUCGGCACGCAGGAGGCCACGUCAGCCAGCGCCGUAGGAGGGGGCUUGACGCCGGUGGAAGCCGCGGCUUGGGAGCUGUUUACCCCACUCCAACGGGUCCUCAUCGUUGCCGUCGUAGCCGUGGCCUCCUCUAAGUCGAAGAGAGCUCGGAAGAUAGCGCAACUCCACAGAUCGGUAGAUAUAAGGGAUCAGGUGCUGCUAAAGCAUGCAGCAGAAGCUCGACAACUUGUGUGAGCGGAUGAAUUCUGGAAUUGCUGCUGCCCAGAAGCGGGAUUCUAGAGGAGCUAAAUUGGGUGGCAACAGAUGUUCAAUUUUGGAAUUGAAUCCUGGGUGUGGCAUUAUUCCUCUUUGCAAGAACUUGUCACAUAGGGCAAUGGAUCUGAAUGGAAUAGAAUCUACCAAAGAUGAGAUGCUGAAGACCUCAAUCGUGAAUAUGGCGGAGCAAGAGGAGCGUCGAAUGUCUGAUUUGUCUGAUUUUUGUUGGAGUGUGACAUCUUCUGCAGAUAUUCAGUUGAGCUCACUGGCGGCAGAGCAAGAAUUUUACAACCUUAGAAACGAGUGUGAAGAGAAGGAUGCUACCAUAAAGGAACUGACUGCUGCUGCCCAUGCAUCCAGUGUUGCCGACUCUAAGAGGAUUAUGGAGUUGGAGGAGAUCAUAAGAAAGGAAAAAUAUGGUAAUAUCCAAAUUGAAGAAAGACAUGGUGUUCUAGAGCAACAGGUUAUGAACUAACAAGGCUUCGAAGAGCCUCUUGUUCUGCUACAAACUCUGAUAUUAGGCAGCUCCCGGUCAUGGCAAAUAAUAUUCUCUAUGACAUGAGUAGCACUAGUCCAUCAUCAUCAGAUUGUGAUUCUCCUGUGGAGCACAAAGAACUCUGCUGUCAAGGAUCAAUUGCCUAUUGUAGUCCUCAGCAAGAAGCCUUUGCAGCAGUAGAAAGUCAGAGGCAACCUUCAACCAAAUCCUUUUCUUCUUAAACAGAUCUUCAGGGAGGGUUCUGAUGCGGCGCUCUGUUAGCCCUCUUAAAGAGAAUCAAAUGAUUCAGAGAGCUGAAUCAACUGUGGUGCUAAGGGCCCAGGCAAUUGUCAUCUUCUAGCGUCGAUUCAAAGAAAAUUAAAAGGCGCACUCAGCAGGGAUCAAAGAACAUUUCUGCUCCCAGAAGAGAUGGGUUUAGGUGCUUUUGUUUAACUUGAAACAAGAAUAUUUCCAGAAGGAGCACCAGAACCGGUACUACUAGAAGCUAAUGUUGGAAUGCAAGGAAGAAGACUGAAUGUUAUAAACAAUGCACAUAGCAAGCAUGGGAAGUAGCUGAGUUACACUUCACAUUGUAUAUAGUGUUUUGCUCUCUUGCUGAUGAAGACAAUGGAGAUGAAUGAUGAUGAAAUCAUUGAACAGUGGAAACAUCUAUAUGUCAGUACUUCACUGUAAUUUGUGUCAGGCACACUUUGUCCUAGUGUCAUGCUAUUCAGUGAUAUAGAAAAAUAUUGAUUUAAUUUUCUGCUAUUAGCACGCAUUUUCAUAUUACAUUGAUACUGGAAUAUUGUUUUGGAAUGGAACAAGGCAAGCUAACAUGUAUAACAAUACACUUGAUAUAA